CCUAAAUCCGCGUAUCCAGAGCAUCCCAAUACGGAUUUGGGGUACGAAAAGCACGCACGCAGUUCAGAUACGCCAUAUGAAACUGCAAAUUUAAAACAAACGCAUGCAUGACGGAAGAACAGUUCGAUCAAAGAGUUCAUGCUUGCAUUGGUCCUAAAUUCGACUACUUACAUCAAAAGCAACUACAAUUUCCACCGUCAUGCAGUACUUUGCAACAAAAUCAGCUCCGGGAUACUCACCGGGGACCUGUGCCGUGGCGGCGGCGUGUCGGCUCCUCACUCCUCGUCGCCGACGAGGUCGACGAAGACACGCUCGUGCUCGACGGUGAUGUGCCUCCAUUCGGCGGCCUUGUCCGCGUCCUGCUGGCUGGAGCGCGCGACGAGGCUGCGACGGUGUCGAGCUCACGCUCCACGACGAAGUCGCCCGACGCGAGGCCCGCGUUGACGCCGAGCUGCAGGAGGAGGAGCUUGAACUGCUCGUCGUCGAGGUAGUCUCGCGGGGCGAAGUGAGGGAGGUGCGGCGGCUCCGGCUCGGCGUCCUCCAUCUUCACCACCAACGCCAUCAGCGGGCACUGGCGGGAGCUCGACCCCGUGGACAAUGAGGCCAUGGAAGGGGAGGACGCGCAUCCGCGGCGGUACCACUUCGACUCGCACUUGGCGAAGGCGGCCGGCGACGCCAUGCGGUAGUUACGGUAGCGGUAGCUACCAGGGGUGACUAGGCCCAUUUGUAAAUGGACAUUCAGAAGAGCCCAAACCAAGCCCAUCGUUACGGUUUUUGGCAGCCCGUACCAACACCCUCUGUGUCGGUCUCACCAGCAACUCCGGCCAUGUCGCCGCCGGCCGUUCUGGUCGCGGACGGCGCCAUCUCCCCGCACGCUCCUCCUUCCGCGGCCGCCUUCCUCGAGUCCACCCCGGGCGCCUACACCACCGCGCGCGCAUCCUCCACCGGCCUCCUCUGGUGGCCCCGACACCUCCUCCGGCUCGCCGACUCCGCGCGCAUCCUCGCGCACUCCCACCCCCACCUCCUCGGCCUCCCGGUCCCUCCGGCACGCACCCUCUCCACAUCCUCCCUCGAGCCUCUCGUCAACCAGUCCGUGCGGGUCGGCGUCCGCGAGAUGCGGAGGCGGAUGCUGGCGCCCGGGGAGUGCUGCUCGGGGCAGGACAUGGCGCUCACGGCGUUGGUCAGAGCUGGUGGCUCGCCGGAGGAGCUCGAGGUCUGCGUCCACCUGGGCGUGUAUGUGCCGCCGGCGUUCGGAGACGCCGGGGCGAGGCUUGCCGUUGCCGGGAGCGGCAGGGAGGCUGCCGCCGCCAAGUACGCGCCCUGGGUUAGGAUGAGGAAGAGUUUGGAGAAGAUGAGGCCUCCUGGAACCAUGGAGCUGUUGCUGACCAAUGAUGGGGAUCGUAUUCUUGAAGGCAGCAUUACAAACUUCUUCGUCGUUUGCUUGAAGGAGGAACAUCAGUCAAAUGAACCCUUCUCUGUUCAAACAGUGAUGAAUAGGUUUGAAGUACAGACAGCUCCACUAAGUGAUGGCAUUCUCCCUGGAAUUAUGCGCCAGAUAGUGAUAGAGGUAUGCCAUGAUCUUGGGAUCCCCAUACGUGAGGUCUCACCGUCAUGGUCCAAGCGUGAAAGUUGGGAGGAAGCCUUCAUUACUAGUAGCUUAAGGCUUAUCCAGCAUGUGGAUACAGUUCAAGCACCUUUACUAUGGGAAGACAUAGAAACGAAAACCUGGAGCGAUGUAUCUUGGGUGGUUAAGCAAUUUCACGGCGCUGGAUGCAUCACCACACAGAUACAGAGGAAAAUAUCAGAGAGAGAGCAUUUACGGAGGAGUAUGAUACAAGAGAUGUCUUGUGAGUUCUGAAUGUUGUCAUUAUUUCUGGGUGAUGGGUCCCUUGGCUUGACCAUCAUUUGUUCUUCAGACGGGGCGGCCUAAUCAAAAUAGAGCUUUACGGUGCUAAUUUGGUGAAGAGACACUUUCCUAUAGUUCAGACAAAUAUUUCAUGAUCAAAGCAGUGGACCUGAGAAGCCAGUGUUGGUGCUAUUCUUGCCUCUUUUUGCAAAGUGAUUAGGACCAGAACCUGGGUAUGGAUGAUAUUUGGUGAGCAUGUAUGUGCUGCUUUCUUGAAGAAACUAGUGGUGUAAUUUGACCAUGAGAGAGGGGGGUGAUUGAUUGAAGCAGGCGACCUGCCCAGUAUUGUGACUUGAUUUUGGUUGUUGCAACUUGUAUUUACAUGUACCAAACUCUCAAUAUGUACAGUGUAAAAACUGUUUCAUAUAGUAGACGAUGUACCAGGCUCUUAAUA